CAUUUCCGUGGUUACUGAGUUAGUGUUGUAGCUUGACAAAGUUUGUGAAAGGAGGAAGAAGAAGCAGAGAAGAAACUUCGACAGCACACGCUUAUUUCACCAGGUUUAAGGUUUCUCAGUCAUGGAUCCAGAUCCAGAUCUCACCAUCGUCCUUCUGGGAAACACCGGAGUCGGUAAAAGUGCUUCAGGAAACACCAUCCUGGGACGACCAGCGUUUGAGUCGGAACAAUCCUCCACACCAGUGACAACGCAGAUCUCUACACAAACUGGAACUGUGUUUGGGAAACAGAUCUCAGUGAUCGACACUCCGGGAAUAUUUGGAUCUGAGAGGGAGAUUCAGACCUGCGUCCUGCAGUCCUCCAGACCUCGUCUGAUCCUGGUGGUGUUCAGUGUUGGACGGUUCACCAAAGAACAAGCUGAGGUUGUGAAGGCAGUAGAAAGAGUCCUCGGACCUCAAGGGUUUAAUAAGUGCCACCUGGUCUUCACACAUGGAGACGCCUUACAAGACCGGUCUCUGGAGGAUUUCAUCUUUGGAGAUGAAGAAAGUUCAUCGUACCAUGCAGCAUUUUCAGGGAGAUGGCAUCUGUUCAACAAUAAAAAUGGGGAAGAGGAACAAGUCAGAGAGCUGCUGAUGAAGACAGGCCACCUCAGAACCCAGCAGCUACCUGACUCACCAGCUGAUGUUCCCAAAGACAGGAGGAUGGUGCUGCUCGGUCGUCCUGGAGGAGGGAAGAGUUCAUCAGGAAACACCAUCCUGGGAUCAAAGCAGUUUGAUUCAGUCGCUGGCUUUGAUUCAGUCAGUACUGGGCCAGUCUGUAAGGCAGCCAGAGUGGAGGGUCGCUGGGUCACGGUGGUCGAUACUCCAGGAAUCACUGACAAGGAUCUGACUCCUCAACAGCUGUUUGGAGAGAUCAUGAAGUCAGUAGCAGAGGCCAGUCCAGGACCACAUGCCUUCCUUAUUGUGGUCAGAAUCGGCAGCAUGUUUACAGCAGACAUCAAACUGUUCAAGCUGUUGGAACAACUGUUUGAAAGAGAUGAUCUGAAGUACUCCAUGGUGCUUUUCACUCAUGGAGACGAGCUGGGAGGUCGGCCCAUUGAUGAUUUGAUCCAGUCCAACCAACAUGUGUCAGACCUGGUCUCCAGGUGUGGUGGUAGAUUCUGUGUGUUUGACAACAAAACUAAAAGAAGCAGAGAGCAGGUCAGAAACUUCCUGAGUAAAGUAGAUGAGAUGGUCUCAGAUAACGGUGGAGAACACUACACCACCGAGAUGUUUGAGAUGGCUUGGACAUACUUUAAGGAAAGAAGGGAAAGAAUGAAGCAAUUUAAGAACAUUAGGUUCAUAUUGUUUCUGGUUGUGAUUACAGUAGGAGCAGGGGUAGGAGCAGGAGUAGCAGCAGGGAAAUCAGGAGCAGGAGUAGGAGAAGCCGUAAGAAAAGCAGUACUAGGAGGAGCAGUAGGAGCAGGAGUAGGAGCAGUGUUGGGGGGUGUAAUAGGAGCAGGAGUAAGAGGAGCAGCAGUAGGAGGAGUAAUAGGUCUAAGAGCAGAAGUAGGAGCAGCAGUAGGGGGUGUCAGAAGAGCAGGAGUAAGAGGAGCAGCAGUAGGAGGAGUAAUAGGUCUAGGAACAGGAGUAGGAGCAGCAGUAGGGGGUGUAAUAGGAACAGGAGCAGCAGUAGGAGCAGCAGUAGGAGCAGCAGUAGGAGUAAUGGGACUAGUAUUAGCAAGAGCACUCAAAAAAUAAGUUCUGUUGUGAUAUGGCGCCUAUCUCCAGUGGAGUUAUCUAUGUUUAAAUAUCACGUCUCUCUAUGACUCUUGUCCCCGUCUUCCAGUGUGGACGUUCUGAUAGAUAGAAACAUUUUAUUCCCUCUGCACUUACAAUGAAACUUCUUUGUCCAAAUCAAACUAAAGUCCUCCGUCAGUGACACAUUAAUAUCUUAGCCUAUAGAGACAUUAAACCUCUUGUUUUCCAGGACAGGCAGUUAACCAACGGUCCCUACCGUCAAUUAAUUUCCUUUUAAUGGACACCUCAAAGGACAUUAACCCGCUUAUACCAUGGUCACUUGCCAACUAGUCUAUAUUCAUGACGUUCCAUUUUCAGGAUUGCUCCGAAGCUGCAGGAAAUUCCGCCGGAUGCAUGUCUUUUAAUUGGCUGUCCGUCCCCUUCUUC